CUUCUUUCUCCCCAUACCCAUCUCUCAGUACUCAACUGUGGAGCCAUGUUCCAGCUGUUGGAUAGAGCGAGGAAGUUUUUGUUGGAGAAGAUGGGGAAUAUAAUAAAGAAGCCGGAGGCCAAGGUCGUCGACGUCGAUAUCAAAGAUUUGAGCCGCGACGGGGCGACGUACAUCGCCAAGGUCUCUGUGAGCAACCCCUAUAUCACUCCCAUACCCAUUGGCGAGAUCUCUUACACCCUCAAGAGUGCCGACAGGGUGGUAGCGUCAGGGAAGAUGGAGGACCCAGGGUCACUGCCGGGGAAUGAGAAGACGGUGCUGGAGGUGCCGGUGAAGGUGGCGCACAGCAUACUGGUGAGCUUGGUGAAAGACAUUGGUGCUGAUUGGGACAUCGACUACCAGUUGGAUUUGGGUCUGACCGUUGAUCUUCCUCUCUUUGGUGACAUCACCAUUCCACUUUCCUGGGAGGGAGAGAUCAAGCUUCCUUCUCUCUCUUCCAUCUUCUAAUCUACUUCACUCUUUUUCUUUUUUUUGAUGUUGAAAUGGUCUGUUACUUUCUGUGUUUUUGUGUUGGUUAAUGAAUCUUCGUAUUUGAUUUGAUUUGGAGAAGCAAAAA